CACUUGUUUAGACGCAAUGCCGCGUUCGUCGUUAUCCUCGUCCUCAUCGCCAUUCCCGCUUCCUACCUCAUGGACCAAGAAGCUCGUCGCCAACCUUCCCUCCUUCCGCGCUCGCCGGAACGAGCUCUCGGCCCACUCCGACCUGACUGAGGAGAACCUCCAGGAGCACAAUCGGAGGCAGGCCGCCGUCAACGGCCGGAACUCCAAAUGCAGUCCUUACUACAAGGGCCUCACCGACCAGUCCCUCGCGAUAGGGCGCCGGAGGAUCUUGGUCUCGAGCCCCGAGGGGGGGAGCCACGCGACGUCCGUCCGCACCUCCUCGAGCUCGAUCUCGUCCUUCGUCGGGAAGAUGAAGGUGUGGCGCUCCCGCUUCAACAAGAACAAGAAGAGGUUGAAGAAGGAAGAGCAGCCCGCCGCUCACCACCAACCAGCUGCAGGGAGGACCAAGAAGACGACGCUGCUGAAGGAGAUGGGCGUGAAGAGCGUGACCAGCCUGGACAUGAAGGGCGACAGCAGCAGCGGAGGAGCCGUCGCUGCGGCGAAUAACGACGGGAAGCCAUUGAGGGAGAGAGUAUCAGAACCGAAGUCCAAACAGACAUCGCCAAGGUUGUCGAGUGUCAAGUCUGAGCCAAAAGCUCAGGUCGGCGAUGAUGUUCUGGCGACAGGAAAACCCUAUCGAGGAGUGGGGAUGGACGAGAUGGUGUUAAAAGCAGCUGAGCAAAACCCUAAUUUGCGAGACGUCAAUGGGGUUACGAGCAAUAAGGACAAGGGGGCAAGUGUUGAUAAUAUGUUGGUGGAGGAGGAGUUUGUGUGGGCGACCAAGUACAGGCCUAAGGCCUUGAAAGACUUCAUCUGCAAUAGGGACAAGGCACUCUCUCUUCAGGGCCCGAUAAGAGAUGGAGAUUGUGGUCAUUACAUAUUUGAAGGCCCACCCGGAGUGGGGAAGAGAACCAUGAUUUGGGCGUUGCUCCGAGAAGUCUAUGGUGCUGAGAAAGUACAGGCUAGGGAGGUGCUCAAGGUUUUCGACUUGAAGGGAGAAUCCCAAGGCUCCAUUGAAGUGAUUUUUUGGGAGUCACCUCAGCACGUAGAAGUAAGUGUCUCUAAACUCAAAGGGCAUGAGAAACAUGUCAUUGUCGAACUCAUUAAGGAAAACCAUAACAGAUUCUCCAAGAAAGCUCCCCAAAAUCAUUGUGUCUGUCGAGCGAUGAUCCUGUACGAGGCUGACCGGCUAUCAACAGAUGCCCUGCUGUACUUAAGGUGGCUCCUUGAAAGAUACAAGCACACCAAGAUCUUCUUUUGCUGCUCCGACGCCUCGAAGCUCCAACCGAUAGGAAUGCUCUGCACCGUCGUCAAGUUGUCCCCUCCCUCGAAGGAGGAGGUUGUUGAAGUGUUGGAGUUCAUAGCUAAACAGGAGGGCACAUACCUACCGCACCAACUGGCGGAGAGAUUCGCGGACAGCUCCGGGAACAAUCUGCGUCAAGCGAUCCGGUCAUUCGAGGCAACCUAUCAGAAGAGGUAUCAGUCGACGGAUGAUCAACCCAUACUGACGGGAUGGGAAGAUGUAAUCGCGAUGAUCGCGAAGAAAAUAACGGAAGAGCAGAGCCCCAGACUGCUUUUCAUGAUCCGUGGGAAACUUCAAACUCUUAUUGAGCACGAUGUAUCGACCAACUUUAUCUUCGAGUCUCUGGUAAAAGAGCUGAAGAAGCUUUUGAACGAGUCGCUGCAACAUCAAGUCACAGGCCUGUACGAGAACUACAUUCAGCAAGAUGAGGAAAUGCUCAAGAGCGACAAACGGAUGCAUUUCACCCGCAAUCCUGAGGAAAACGGAAUGAGGUUCACAAAUAACCAUCAGCUUAUGAGGAUUGAAGAGUUCAUCGCGCAAUUUAUGAGCUGUUACAAAUCAUCGAUGAUGGGCAGGAACGGCGGUAACUUGAAUCGAAUUUGAAUUUCCUGUAACUAGUUUGGAAUUGCAGUCAUUUGGAGAGGUUCAUCUAUGGAUGAAUUUUGUUGUUGUGUGUGUGAUGUACUGUUUUGUUCUGAGA